GAUAGCGACGAGGGCGACGGCGUGGAGACCGGCAGCGGCCGGGAGGAGGGAGAGCAGGAGGCGGCGGCCGGGUGGGAACGCAGCGAGGACGCGCGGCUGCUGCGCGCAGGGCUGCCUCCUGCCGCCGUCCCCGCCGCGGCCGCCCGCGACCCAAGCGGACGCCGCCCGCCAGGGACGCCGCCGGGCAGUCCGAGGAUGCCGCCGCCGGGCGACCAGGACCGCGCGCGCCGCCGCAGCCGCCGCCGGCGGAGGGACCUUCUGCUGAGCCAGCUCUGCUUCCUGGCCUCGGUGGCGCUGCUGCUCUGGUCGCUGUCGAGCCUGCGAGAGCAGAAGGAACUUGACCUCAUGGAUCUCAUUGGGGAAGAUAGAAAAUGGAUGGUGGGGAGGAAGCUGAUGCAGGUGAAUGAUACACUGACUUCUGAAGAUGCAGGACUCCGGAUCAGCAAGAACUGCACAGAACCAGCCCUGCAUGAAUUCCCCAGGGACAUCUUCUCGAAUGAAGACCGACGACAGGGAGCAGUGGUCCUCCACGUGCUCUGUGCCAUGUACAUGUUCUAUGCGCUGGCCAUUGUGUGCGAUGACUUCUUCGUCCCAUCCUUGGAAAAGAUCUGUGAGCGCCUCCACCUCAGUGAAGAUGUGGCAGGAGCCACAUUCAUGGCAGCAGGCAGCUCGGCCCCAGAGCUGUUCACGUCAGUCAUAGGAGUCUUCAUCACAAAGGGUGAUGUGGGAGUUGGCACCAUCGUGGGCUCUGCCGUGUUCAACAUCCUGUGCAUCAUUGGCGUCUGCGGGCUCUUUGCAGGGCAGGUGGUGGCUCUUUCCUCCUGGUGCCUGCUGAGGGACUCCAUCUACUACACGCUGUCUGUGGUCGCACUCAUUGUGUUCAUUUACGAUGAAAAAGUUUCUUGGUGGGAAUCUCUAGUCCUUGUGCUGAUGUACCUCAUCUAUAUCGUCAUCAUGAAGUUUUUAUCAGGGCGGAAUGGAAUCCCCAAUUUCCACCGCAAAGCGUCCGUGAUCAUGGUGGAUGAGCUGCUGUCUGCCUACCCACACCAGCUUUCUUUCUCCGAGGCUGGCCUUCGAAUUAUGAUCACAAGCCACUUUCCUCCCAAGACCCGCCUCUCCAUGGCCAGUCGCAUGUUAAUCAAUGAGAGACAAAGACUGAUAAACAGCAGGGCCUAUACCAAUGGGGAAUCUGAAGUGGCCAUCAAAAUCCCAAUUAAGCACACAGUGGAGAACGGAACAGGGCCCAGCAGUGCCCCAGACAGGGGUGUGAACGGAACCCGGAGGGACGACAUAGUUGCUGAGACUGACAAUGAGACAGAGAACGAGAAUGAAGACAACGAGAACAACGAGAAUGACGAAGAGGAGGAGGAUGAAGAUGACGAUGAAGGCCCCUACACGCCGUUCGACCCCCCCUCUGGCAAACUGGAAACUGUGAAAUGGGCUUUCACCUGGCCACUGAGCUUUGUCUUGUACUUCACUGUCCCCAACUGUAACAAACCCCACUGGGAGAAGUGGUUUAUGGUGACAUUCGCUUCCUCUACGCUAUGGAUCGCAGCCUUCUCCUACAUGAUGGUGUGGAUGGUUACCAUCAUCGGCUACACACUAGGGAUCCCUGAUGUCAUCAUGGGGAUCACCUUCCUGGCUGCCGGAACCAGCGUGCCAGACUGCAUGGCCAGCCUCAUUGUAGCCAGACAAGGGAUGGGGGAUAUGGCUGUGUCCAAUUCCAUUGGGAGCAACGUCUUUGACAUCUUGAUUGGGCUCGGCCUUCCCUGGGCUCUGCAGACUCUGGCUGUAGACUACGGAUCCUAUAUUCGGCUGAAUAGCAGAGGGCUCAUCUACUCUGUGGGCUUGCUCCUGGCCUCUGUCUUUGUCACGGUCUUUGGUGUUCACUUGAACAAGUGGCAGCUGGACAAGAAGCUGGGCUGUGGAUGCCUCUUCCUAUACGGCGUGUUCCUCUGCUUCUCCAUCAUGACAGAGUUCAACGUGUUCACCUUUGUGAACUUGCCCAUGUGUGGGGACUAAUGAUUGGCCAGGCCACCUGCUGAGGCCCAGGUCCUUCUUUUCUGUGCAAUACGAGACCCGGCCGCACCCGAGUCAGGCGGCCCCUCAACAGCCGAGGCAUCCGUCUCUCCCGUGCUGUCCACAGGCCUCCGCUCCUGUCCUGGUGGCCUAGGCUCUCCCUGCCACCUCCUUUGCUCCCCAACUCCCUCAUCCCUACCUCCCAGCGGGACCCCUCACCCGCCCACCCCAUUCCUGCCUCCUCUUCCGUGUGAAGACAUACAACAUCCACAUGAAUUUUCAAGCUCCAUUUUUGAACAGUGACUGAUAUUCUAGAACAAAACUGGCUGCUAACUGGCCCAAGCCAGGCACAACUUACUCCAAUCCCCCCUCCUUUUUUAAGUUAUUUCACAGAAGAUACCCUAAUUUAUGACCAGAGACUUUGAGGAAACAGGAGAGGGUCUGCUGAUGGCAGGAAGCGUUGGAUUUAUUUUGUUUGGGAGUGAGUCCCAGGUUAUGGGGCUCAGGGAAAUUGUUUAAUUUGAGGGGACACUUUUGUUUCUUUACUUUUCAGAGACAGAGGAAUCCCCUCACCGUCUUCUCUCACUGGGCUCUGGCUUAAUAGCUGAUCCACAGAUUGUACUGAGUGUCUCCUGGGGGUGAAUCCCAGGCACCGAUGGGAAUUUAAUAAUUAGUUGGGGAAACCACUGAGCAAGACCACCAGGAAUAAAUGCAUGACAUGACAUUUUCUGCCCAAGGGACACAUCACUCAAGUCCUGAAGGCUUCACCUGGGGGUGGGGGGCUGUAAGGUGUUAGAGGAAGAAACCUGCUUCACACAUGUUCACUAUGACCAUCUCUCUCCCACUAGGUUCUUUCUAGUUUUUCAAGCAAUAGCUCUCGCCUGCCUAAGGCCUUUGACAGGGAGGCCCCGGCUACCUGUCCAUAGAGACAGCAGGCACCAGGCAGGCAACGACAGAAACUUUCCCAGUGUGUGAGUCCUUGAAAUGUGCUCUUGUUGCUUGGCAUUUGUGGUGACAGGGAGUGACCCCAGAAGCUGUCAACUGUGCUCUGGACAGAAGUUACAGACACUGGUUUCUUGGAAAAUGAAGAGAAAGCACAUUUUGCACAGAUGUCGUCAAUGAAGUCCCAAUUUGCCACUUGGUAUCGAGUACACUGGACCCUGACAGCUGGCUCUUGAGCAAGCAUCCUUCCUUACAGGAUGCCACCAACAAUGCCACCAACAAGCUAGCCAGUUUCACCCCUCCCCUCCCGGAGGGAUGGCCAGGGAGGGAGAAAGCAGAGAACUGCUGUGUUGAAAACCACAGAAUGGGUUCACCUCAGACUGGCUCAAGGGCACAAGGUAUUGUGAACAUUUCGCCAAUCACUGCUCAACUGCCCUGCUAGAUUUUCUAUGACGCUGAAUUAUUAUGCAGAAUAACUCCACCAAGUUGAGAUACACCCAUGCUUGUUACACUUGUAUUUAUUGAAACUGUGGAUUCUUGCCCGCCCGUGCUCUCCCUUGUAUUUACUUUAAGCACUGAUCACUUAUCAUCCAUUCGGUAUGGUUUUCCCAGCCCCUUGUACACAUCCUGGUUUGAAUUGUAAAAAAAAAAAUAAUAAUAACCUGCUACAGACUGGUUGAAUGUUUCUGUCUGAGCUGCAAGCUGAGGGGGAGCGUCAACCGAGGACCAGGAGUGGAAAUCACCAAUUUGGGCUCUCAGAGCUGAGACACACUUACUGAUUUGGUUGCACAUUUUGCACUGGUUUAUGGCGAUUGUUUUCUUGGACAAAUGGUGUAAAAUAAACUUCUCUGUUCUGUA